UAUACACGUAAUAAAUUUUCAUCAAUCCGAUGCGUCAUGAUGAUGAUGACAGUCAUACAGAACCGAGAAACGUCAAAAUCUGAGAGUCGAAAUAAAUUCAAAUCACGUCGCCGUCGGUGCGUUCCUUGGUGUUCUACAAAGAAUUAUACAUCAUGUCAAAAGAGAUAAAAGCAGCCCUAAAGGAUGCUCGGGAAGCGGUCAAAAAUAAAAAGUUCUCCGAAGCAAUCAAGUUGUGCAAUAAAAUCCUCAAGGAAGAUGCCGAAAAUUAUAUGGCUCUCCUGCUGAUGGGCGCUUCUUAUCAGGAUACCGACAAGAAAGAAGCAGCUGCCUUCUUGAAGCGCGCUCUUACUCGUAGUAGCGAUCCGACGGUGGCUCUCCAGGGACUGGCUAACUGCGCCGACGAUGUGGACCUUCCGGAUGUGUGCAGCAAGUUGCUAGAAUUGACACCGGACAAAUUUCUCGAUUUACAUCAUAAGUUGGAAACCGUUGCUCGUAAUGGGUCACAAUUAGACAAAGUAGUCAAAUUGUUCGAACUAGAGCUUAGUAUCGAUCAAGAGGAACGUAGGAAAUCAGCACUAGCUAGUUUGUCCAAACUUUUGCAAUAUGAUCAAUCAUUAGAAUUAAAAUACGAGUUGCUGGUGGAACGCAUCCUAGAUCAAGAGACCAAUAACAGCGACGAUCCCUUCCUAAGCGAGAAGUUCAAGCGGUAUUUGAAGUUGCUACACCGCUUGAAAAUGUAUGAGAAAUUGGUCCAAAAAGCAUCCUUAAUGAAUAACAGGUUCUGCAAUGAUAUUUAUCCCCUGGAAUGGAUAUGCAAGGUAUACGCGGAAAAUUUAGUACCCGAGCCUCAAUUGCAAACAUUACUGGAAACGCCUCUCAGUACACUAUUCGAUAAAGCAAUUCUUUUGAAUCCCACAUCCCCCCUUGCCCUGGUCGCAAGAGGAAUACUGUAUCAUCGCUCAGGAGAAGUGAAGCAGGCUGAAAUAAUGUUGAAAAAGGUCGAUACUAUACAACCGAAUUGGGACAUUUGUCUGAAAGAGCUAGCUGAAAUCUAUUAUCUACGUAAAGCAUAUGAAUUAGCUGAAAAUAUUUAUCGACAAUUGAAGAUAAUCAAUGCAAAUUAUUUCGUUGCUUUGGUCGAGAAUGGAGAUCCGGAGAAGUUAAGGGAAGCCUAUUCGAUUAGUGCAAAAGUUCUUGAAAAUAAUCACAGUGCAGAACUUUUAUUUUACUUUUUAAAGCUGAAAAUAUUAUUAAAUACAGUUGCUAAUUUAGAAGACGAAAUCAGUAAUUUGAAAGCGUCAGAUAUAUCUCCAGUGAAAUGUGAAUAUUUAACUGCACUGCAUUGUAUAAAAGAAGACAGGCUUGCCGAUGCCCAAGAAAUAUUGCAAAAACAUGAAAGCGAUUGUGAUUGUCUUUUAACACUAGCUAGUAUACACUUUAAAAAAUUAGACAUCGAAAAUAGUUUUGUAUGUGCCUUGAAAGCUACAAAGCUGGAACCAGAAAAUGCGAAUUGCUUUUUCUGGUUGGGCAAACUCUAUAUUCACAGUUCGGAUACUACCCGUGCCCGGAAGUGUUUGGAAAAGAGCAUCUCUCUAAAUCCCAGUCACAAGGACGCUAUCAUAUUGCUCAGCUCAUUGUAUCGGUCACUGUCCGAGUGGGGCGCCAAUCAUCAGUUACUGCAGAAUUCUGUUAGUUUCGUCAACGGCACAAGUUCAUCAUGGGCACAGCUGCAGCUUGGAUUGCAUCAUUUGGGUCAGCAGUCGUACGACGAGUCCAUCGCAGCCUUCCGUUCGGUGAUCCGUUACGAAGUGAACAAUAUCACCGCUUGGGAAGGACUGGCCGACGCCUACAUGGGUCGCGGAUCGUAUACCUCGGCUUUGAAGGUUUUUGAGAAAACGGCCGAACUUGAACCGAAUAAUCCAUAUCCCAAGCUACAAUUGGCAAAUAUUAAGAACAUCCUCAAACAACAUCAAGAUUCGAUUCCACUGUUCGAAGAACUUCUGGUCGCCAAUGGCAAAUACUUUCCAGCACUGAAAGGUCUGGCUGAAGCUCAUAGCGGUCUUUGCUAUCACUGCAUCGGAAACAGAAUAAUUGGAAGAAGUCGUGAUCAUGCGCAGCGCUGCGUUGACUAUUUAACUAGGGCAAUCAAAAUCAAACCCAAUUUCGUUUGUUUGUGGAAAAUGCUGGGAAAUAUGUUAAGUACGGUCGCUGAGUUUCCAAACUCGAGAUCCCAAUUGUUCGUGGAAGGAAGUUUGGCUGGUGUCCCGCAUCGUAGACAAGCUCUACUGGAAGGCGAAAAAUUAUAUGAACUGGCAAGUAGGAGCUUUAGUCGAGCAAUAAAACUAAGUCCGGAUGACAGCUUGCUGUGGUAUGAGCUGGCUUCCAACCUGUACCGUAGGGCCUUACGAUUCGGCUUCUCUCAGGACGACAGCACAAAGUUAAUGCAAUCCGCCGUGGAUGCUGCAAAGCAGUCGAUCAAAUUAGAACCAAGUCGGUGGGAAAACUGGAAUCUACUUGGUGUAAUAUGCGCAUCAAAGGAGAUUAAUAACUUGGCACUGGCUCAACAUUGUUUCAUUGAAGCUAUUUCUCUGGAUAAGAAAACUGCCGCGUUAGGGUGGUCAAAUCUUGGAGUGAUGUAUUUGAAUCAAGGAUCUGCUAGUUUGGCGAACAAAGCUUUCGGAAGAGCACAGCAGACGGACACAGCAUGUAUAAAUGCAUGGAUUGGGCAAGCAUUGAUAGCAGAACAAAUCGGCCAAGUUGACGAGGCGAUGGAUUUAUUUAGGCAUUGCACCCAACUUGGUUAUCAUCCAGAAUCUUCUUUGGGAUAUCCCCAUUGGGUUUGCUCAGUGUUGAAUGAAGAGGAGUACAGAAAAAAUCGCCACUAUAAAUUUGCAAUAGAAAACAUGCAUGCCUUACCUGUUUCACAUGAUUCGAUUGUUUGGCACUGCGCUGAUAAGCAUGAUGACGCCUCUAUAGAGUCACUUUGCUUUCUAGGUAAUAUUAGUAAUCGACUUGGUUUGUGGAAAACAGCAUCUGACGCAUUUCAGAAAGCUGUUAGUAAGGCCAGUGGUACCCAAAAAGAUAAAAUUCUAUGUGAUUUAGGAUAUUGUUUAAUGAAGCAGAAAAAACACAUGGAAGCAGUUAAUUGUUACCAACAAGUAGCAGAAGCCACCUAUCAUUCUGUUAUCGGGAAGGCGCUAGCCUUCUUCAAAGCUGGUCAGUAUCAAGAAUCAUAUGCCGAAUAUGAAAGCGCCCUAAAUUGGUUAGCCAACAGCGAUCUGGAGAAAGCUUACGUUUUGAUUGCAAUGUCCGCUAUGGUGUAUGCAUUCCAGGGAGAGGCAGAUGCUAAAACAAUUCUAUUCCAAAGCAUCACUCUGCCGGCACCUCCUAUCGAAGCUCUCUUUUCUGCCUGUGCACUAGGACUGCUCCACAAGGAUACAGUUCUCACCGAACUAGUCAUCAAAGAACUUCGCAAAUAUGAAAAUGAUCCCAAACACGGGCAUCACGUGGUAUAUCUUGUUUCUCAGUUCUAUUUUAGUAAUAAACAAAAGAGUCAAUCCUUAGCAUAUUUGAUUUCGCAAGUGCAUAAGUUCCCGGACCGUCCCAAACUGCGUCAAGUAUUGGCCGUAUCUUUGCUUAAAAAUCACCGAACCCCGAAAAAGAACUUAAUUGUGGCGAGUAACAUUGCGGAGAGUGCUCUUGUUCUCGAUUUGCAGGACAAACAACGUAGCACAAUCGCUCGGGAUGCUGCCAAAUGGUUGGCGGUAGCUAGUGAAGCGGUACGACCAGUUGAUGUGCAACGGCGAAAAAUACUGGCUCAAAAAGCCAUCCACGUGGAUCCCACAUGCAAGGAAGCGUGGAGCUCGUUGAUUCGAAUUUUGAAUCCGAAAAAGUAAUCUCGCCUGGCGAGCAAGCAACAAUUUGUGUACAAAGUAUAGUUUAAAGUAUUAAAUAAUAUUUUUUGUUAGGUAUUUUUAUCAUUAUUGUUUGCAAAUAUACAAUAUACUCACA